CUGUGAUUCUUUUCUCCUUUCUCCCCAAAAGAUACCCAUUACGCCAAAAGAUGUUUUUCCAUCCGUUAAGAUUCUGAUAUCUCUGAUACAAGCUUCGGCAUCCCGAAGCUGAAUUCUUUGUCCUUUGCAUCGCCCUCCUAGUCUGCUAGCUUCAUCAUCAGCUCUCACAAGCCAUCCAUACCUUACACGCUUUUACUGCGGCACAAGCUCUACCUUGUCAUCAACAUGUCGGAGCCACCGGCUUCGGAACCUAUGGUAAUCGACACCGAAGCUACCAAUGAGGUUCAAUUAAGUGAAAUCGACGCCACAGUUGAGAUGGAAAUCCUACCCACGCCGACCGUUGAAGCAGAGCCCGAAGAUGCGCAAAGAGCCCCCGUCGAAGUUGAAGCUCCCCAGCCGUGGCUUGCGCCCAUUGCGCAAACAGAAAUUGAGCCUGCUCCAAUCGAGCAUCGCCACGAUGUAAAGUCACAGUCACCGGCUCCUUUGUCGCCUCCCGCGCCAGCUAUUGAAGAACAGUCGUACGACCCGCAGUUCUCUCUUUCAGCUUCGCAAUUCAUCACGGGUCGUUUUAAUGGCGCCACCCCAGCAUCACCACCGUCCCAUCUCGUCGCAACUCCUGCCCCUUCAACGCCCGAGAUCGCACCAGAGGAAGCCGAAGACCUACCUGUGGACUACUCGCACCUUCCUUUGACCCUUCAUCAUCCUCACGCAGAACCCACGACAGCCUUGUCAGCCCUGCCUAGCUAUUUACCACCCUCUGGAGCAAAGAGGAAGCGCACGGCAGCGGAAGAUGAGACUUUCCGGAAAUCUGCAAACAUCCCCGCCUACCAGGAACCCGCAAUCCUCAGGCGCCCCGUACCUAGGCCACCAGUGAAAAGGAAGCGCACCAAGGACGACGGGAGCGGAAAACCAAUGUGCGUAAAGUGCAACCGAAUAUCCGAGACGGAAGGCAACCUCAUCAUUUCCUGUGGCUGUGGCGAGGCCUGGCAUCAGCUCUGCCAUGGCCCUGAGAUCCCGACAGAUGCCCUCGGCAGCGGUCCCUCCAAGUUCAAGUGCGUCACUUGCAAGGAAGAGGAAAAGCAGCAGGCCAAGUAUCAUCGCGAGCUUGCAAAGUAUCGCGAGGCGAAGCAGGAGCAGUCGGAGUGGAAGAAGCAUCACAACGACGUGGAGAGGAAGCGCGAGAAGAGGCUUGCGACACUGCCCGAGUUUCCUAAGCCGAGCCUUGUUGGGUUCCAUGGAGGCAAUGCCAGCGGCAGUGAGAGACGAGAGUACUUUUCGGACCUUAAGAGGAGCGAUCUCGUCAACCUCCUCCUUUUUAGUGAACAGAUCCACACUGGCCUUCUCGUAGAUGUUCUCGCCUCUGUCUCUAAGAAGCACCCCGACCUGCCCAUCUUCGGUUCGCCAGAUUGGGCUGAACCAAAGAUCCAACACCAACAACAGCCCCGCCGCCAGCAAGACCACCGCUCGGCCCCCAAGCCCUCAAAACAGCGGUCCAAGACAGGCGGCGUCCGCAAGAUCCUCAAGACAGCACCCACCGGCGCAGCCGACCAAGCAGCAGCAGACGCCGAAGACUCAGAGGACGCACUCCCCGAUUCCUGGCCCAAAGCCGGACUUGGCCUCUACGCGCGCCUUGGGCCUGAAAAGGACGAUCCGAUGCUGUACGACGACAACGAUGAAGAGGCGUUCAGCCACUUCAUGGUUGACAAGUUCGGGAAGCAGAUUACGGAACCAAUUGCGGGAUAGAAGCCCGGUGACGAACAACAGGAUAAGACUAUGGCGUUUCUGCUCAUGAAUUUGGCGGGUGUCCCGUUUGGUGCUGCUUGUAUCGGGGCGGCUCUUGGGAAUGUUCUUGCGCAGACCGUUGACUUGACGGGCAACUCUAAGACGACAGCGGGCCCAUCGUCUACGUCUACCACGCCAAAUGUUGUCACCACGCCCAAGGCUGUUACCACGUCCAAGGAUGACACCUCAGAGGCCCCGAAGAAGGGACGGCAGACGAGACGAAGCCGACAGGCCGGCACAGAUAUAC